AUGGGUUUUUCCAAAUUCAUCGUGAUCGCCUUGUUAGCUACUACCCUUUUAACAUCAGUUGAAUCUCGUGACGAUUGUCCAAAUGACAUUUUUAAAGGUCCACAGAAGAGAUUCAACAUUAUACUUAAAGAUAAAGUGGCCACAAAAUCUCACUUCAAAUGGUUAACAAAUUGUUAUGGAAGAAAAAUAAAACAUACUUCCUCUGUAGAUUUUUCGAAAAAACUUAACAAAAACGAUGUUCUCGAUUUUUCGGUGGAAAAUGUAUUCCAUGGUUAUUCCGCUGAUUUUCAUCCUGAAUUUGUGAAGCAUCAUUUAUCAAAUUUUCCGGGAAUUGAAGUUGCUGAGGAAGAUACCGAAGUAAAGAUUAAUUAUGUUGUACCUCGCGCUGUUCAGUCGAAUCCAAAUCCUAAUUUGGAUCGUAUAGAUCAGGAAAAAUUUCCUUUGGAUGAAAAAUAUAAUUUCCCAGAUAAUGCCGGAAAAGGUGUUAAUGUUUAUAUUGUUGACACUGGCAUCAGGAUAAGCCACAAUGAAUUUGAAGGGCGCGCUAGCUUUGGAUACUCUAGCUGUUUUGGUUGUUUAAAUACCGAUGACCAUGGGCAUGGUACUCAUGUGGCCGCAAUUGUUGCUGGAAAAACCUUUGGAGUUUCAAAAAAAUCAAAUCUUAUUGCCGUCAAAGUUUUGAACGCUGCUGGCUCUGGUUCAAAUUCAGAAGUUAUUUGUGGAUUGUCAUUUGUUCUUAACGAUCAUAUAAAAAACAAGAAACAGAAUUCUGUCGUCAACAUGUCACUUGGAGGUGGAUUCUCCCAAGCAACCAAUGAUGCAGUUAAAGCACUUACCAACAACGGCAUCCACGUUGUUGUAGCAGCCGGUAACAGCGCAGAAGAUGCUUGUGAAGUAUCUCCUGCCUCCGAAAGAACAGCCAUCACCGUUGGUGCCACCGAAGAUUCUAAUGAUAAUGUCACCAACUUUUCAAACAUUGGUCGAUGCGUUGAUAUAUUUGCACCGGGUCGAAACAUUUUAUCCGCUGGUAUCCUUACCGAUGAUGAUAAUAAAGUAUUCUCGGGUACAAGUCAAGCCUCACCUCAUGUUGCUGGAACUGUGGCCUUGAUUAUUGCCGAGAGUGGAAACUUCGAACCGGCAAAAAUGGUCAAGAAAUUAGUUAAAAUUGCGACAAAGAAAGUCAUUCCACCUAAAACUUUAAAAGGCAGCCCAAAUGUUUUUGUAAAAAUUCCUAUGUAG